ACCUACCUUGUGCAAUCGCGGGGUGGGAGCUCCAGGUCGACCCGACUUCCAUCCUUAAACCGAACCAGCUCCCAACACGAGGUACUUCCGAGCAGUACAGCUCUUGCCGAAACAACUAACCACCCAUCCGCACCCGACGUGCUCUGGGAACACGUGUAAACGCGUAGAACGCAGAGAGAUCUCCAUCAUCCAACCGCAAAGACAAGGCCCGGCCAGUGCCACGACCGUCUCGCCGAUACUCGCGGGGCCCUCGAGGCGCUCCCUUCCGGCCACCCUCUGCAACCGCCAUACCUCCGCCGACUCGCUGCCGAUGGAUCAGGCUGCCUCGGUGCUGCUCGACUUCCCGCCUGAGGGCGGGAUUGCCGGCGAUGCGCAGUACCACGCGGCCGCGCAGUCACACAGCCAGAAGCUGGACCAGCUGGCCGCAGCACCCAACUUCCCCGGCUUCGCCCCGCAGCUCCUCGAUCACGUCCAUCCUGCUGUCAAUUCCAAUUCGUACCUGACCCUUCUGAUCGCCGCCCGUGCGGCAGACCGCCUGCCCCAGGCCGACCUCCUAACCAAGGUGGCAACCUUCCUCUCCACAUUCGACGCCCGCCAGAUACGGUACAGGGGCAAGGCAUUCUCGGCUCUCCUCGAUUGGCUUGUCGACGGCAGUCUGUUUCCGGCCUCGGUUGCGGUAGAGCUCCUCACAACAGCGCUCCUCCGGCUCGAUCCGGCGGGCUCCGUGCUCACCUCGCACCAUGUCGCCCUCGUCAAGCUCGCGUACUCGACCGACAAUGUCGCACCGGCGCUGCCGCUCCUGGAGAAGGACGUCGUCUUCUACCCGGGCGUGAAGGGCCUAUUCGAGACGCGGCCGCCGUGUGCGCUGGACCUGCCGCCGGCAUCGUACAUCACGGCAGAGUCGGGGCUGACGAAACUGCUCUCCAGCAGCGACGUCAUGCAGUACGACCUGCUCCGCGGCCUGUGCUUCAUCCGGCGGCGGGCCUGGCGCCCGGCCUUCGACGCGCUGGAGCGGGUCGUCACGUACCCAACGCGCGACACGCACGCGUGCAGCAAGAUCAUGGUGGAGGCGCACAACAAAUGGAUCCUCGUGGGGCUGCUGCUCAACGGCAAGGCCCCGACGCUGCCGGCCACGACGCCGCCGGGGGUUCAGAAGACCUUUGCGACGCUGGGCAAGGCGUACCAGGCGAUCGGCAAGGCGUUCGAAGAGAGCACGGCCCAAUCGCUCAAGACGGAGUUCGAGAGCGUCGGCGCGCAGGUCUUCGCCGAGGAGAACAACCUCGGGCUCGUGCGGCUGGUGCUGCAGCACUACCAGCGGUGGCAGGUGCUGAACCUGCGGCAGGUGUACACCAAGAUCACGCUCGAGGAGGUGCGGGCGCGCACGCAGAGCGCCGAGACGGGCGCGCCGCUCGCCUCCGAGGCCGACGUGGCCGCGCUCGUGCAGCAGAUGAUCGACGAGGGCAUGCUGCACGGCGCGAUCGUGCGGCCGCCGGGCGCGCCGGCCUAUCUCAGCUUCCUGCCGCCGGACGAGGGGCGCUCCGAGGCCGAGUUCGCGCAGCGGAUGGCGGCCACGGCGCGGCGGCUCGCCCAGCUGGAGCCGCUCGUCCGCGCGGCCAACGAGCGCCUCGGCACCAGCCGCGACUACAUCAAGUAUCUGGCCGGCCUGCAGAAGAAGGAGGACAGCGGCCGGCGCGACUACGACGUGGCCUUCAUGAACCAGAUCGAGGACGAGGACCUGAUGACCGGCGUGGUUGAGGGGUUUUAGGUCGAAGGGGUGCUGAUCGGGGGGUGUGUUGCUGGUCCGGGAGUGGACCGCUGC